AUGAAUUUGUUUUUCGCCGCAAUUUUGUUAGUGCUUGCAGGUCUUGCAUGCUGCCAGGAUUGUAAUUUUGACGCUAAUCGGACAUCGAAUCAACGAUGCGGAUGGUCCAACGACUACGAAGACGACUUUGAUUGGUCGGUCAGGCGAUUGCCGACCCCGACCCCGUUCACGGGACCGUCAGGGGACCAUACAACAGGCAGUGGCAACUUCCUCUACACCGAAGCAAACGGGCGGGACCCAGGGGAGAAAGCGAGGAUCUACAGUCCCUUCGACUCCCCGGCCAACGAGGCCGGCACGGACAUGACAAUGAUCUCGUUCUGGUACAGCAUGUGGGAUGGCUUCGACAGGGGUUCUCCACUUAACAGGACGAACAUGGGCACACUCAACGUCUAUAUCACCUACGACGGCGGGAAAGUCCCGAUUAACCCGCCCGUCUGGUCACGCUCGGGAUCGCAGACGGAUAGGUCCGGAUGGAAAGAGGCCAAGAUCGUGUUUACGGCCUCCAAUCAGUUUCGGAUUGUAUUUGAAGGUGUCAUAGGUGAAGGAGAAAGAUCUGACAUCGGUAUUGACGACGUAAUGGUCAGACAACCCAAAAUCCCCAACACCUGUGACUUUGAGAGCAGUGAGAUGGGUGAUCUGUGUUUCUUUUACCAAGAAGACAUCGAAGACGACUUCGACUGGACGAGACACUCUGGUGAAACGCCCACUCUUGACACUGGACCACCUACUGAUCACACCCUCAUGAGCGAUACAGGGCACUAUAUGUACAUCGAAACGACACGCAAAAAUGAUCGAGAUACUGCUAUCUUGAAAUCCGUCGAGUUAUUCAAGGAAAGAACACCUUGUAACGUCGACUUCUACUACCACGCUUUUGGGGACAAUGUUGGUGAGCUCUCAAUGGCUAUUUCAUAUAGCUAUACUUCAAUUACCUACGUGUUUGUAAAUGGCCAAAGCAACCUCACUGAUUCGUGGAAGCACUUCAACGUAUUCAUUCCCCCGAGCCUGGGAUAUUACAAUAUUUCAUUUAUUGGAUCACGUGGCGAUGGCAAUUUGGGUGAUGUCGCAAUCGACGACAUUUCCCUAAGUGAAGGUUGCUUUGCUACCGACGUAUGCGGAAGCAGUCCUUGUCUCAAUGGAGGUACCUGUGAUCCCGAAGCGAAUUCUCAAUAUAACUGCGGCUGCACAUUUGGCUGGACAGGCCAGAAUUGCGAAACAGGUGAGAAAUCAAGCUGCUACCCAUCUGAGGGACAUAUUUGCCACGAGAUUGGAAACGGUGGUUACGAGUGCUUGUGCCCCGAGGGCUACCAGGGCUCUACUUGCCAGGAAAAGAUUCCAACGAUUGAACCCCUCGAGCCUGUCGACCCUCCCGAGCCGAUCGACAUUCGAAUCGAAGGCGUCGACCCCGAAAUGAUCCCCGUCAUUAUCGGUAGUUGCAUCGGGUCCUUCAUCCUGAUCGCCACCGCCUCCUGGUUCACGGCCACGUGCAUCAAGAACGACGGCUUUCGACGGAAAGCAGAGGCCAUCGAGGGCGUGAAGAACCUCGAUGUCGAGGAUGGAAAGUCGAAUGCAUACAUCAAUACCAUAUACGACCCGGAUGACCCGGACGACGAAGGCAAGAAUGAAGCGGGUCCGUCGACGUCGGAACAGAAGGAUGUCGAGGAAGCCGAAGAGCCACCAUGCGGAUCGGGAGAGACUACCGGGGAAAAGGACGUAAAAGCACCCGACUACGAAGACGUUACUGACAAGCCUUCUGGUUCAGAAGAUAAAGUAAAAGGUGAAGACGUGAAGGAGGAGGUGAACGAAGACGUGAAAGAGGUGGUGAAAGAUCAGAAUGAAUACGAAGAGGUCAAGGAAGUGGAAUCGAAACCGGAGCUGCAAAAGGAGGAAGACAUCCGCGAAGUUGAGAAGACGCUGCCGACUGAUUUGUCGACGAAAUACGAUGAUGAUUCGGAUUCUCCACCACAAGAUUCAGAAGAAAACAGAGAAAAGGGGGUAGUUUUAUCAACGUCACGUUAAAACCCAAACACUAUUGUUUACUCUCAUAACUAAUGACGAUUGAUGAAACCGACAAUCAAAGACAAAUCAACUAAAAUCAACUGAUUACCUUUAGAAGCAGUUUGUUAUCAUCAGUUUUUUUACGAAAGCUACACCAUAAAACUGAAAAUAGUUGUUUUCUUCAUUAACAGUGUUAUAGAAGACGAGUCCAAAGUUUUAACUGUUCGCAUUUUGUCUCGAAGUCGAUAACUAGACCGAGACGUAGAAACAGAUACCGUAGAUAAAACAAAUACUUUAUGACCACAAAUUGCAUGUAAAAUGAUAAUUACACUUUCACGCAAAAUAACGGAUUAAGAGAAGAUAAAGAACAGCCAAAAAUAAGUGGAAUAACAAUGAUGAAAAUGAGUGUUUGAUAAGCAAGCUGUUUUUAAAGUUAACUUACAUAAUGCAAUUGCACUGGAAAGUAUUGGAACCGGAAUUGAAGCAUUAAUCAGUGUCGAAGAACCUUUUUACAAUAUUUUUUUUUUUUUUUUUUAGCUCAUGAAAUUUGGUUCUUCAGAAUGUAAUACUUGUGAUGGUGAUACAUCAUGGUGUUCUGUAUCUAUAUAGACGAGCAAUUGUUGUGUUCAAUUCGUAUACGUCUAGUCAGUGGCGGAUCCAGCCAGCG